AAUUUAUAAAUUAAAAAAGAUUUAUUUCUACCUUCACCUAUUAGACAACUAAUAAAAAUGGAAAACGAGAUAUACUGCAGUAUCCAUAAAAAUAAAUUAAUUGAUGCUGUUUGUCUAGAAAAAGAAUGCUCUGAAAACUCUCUAAUAUGCUAUAACUGUAGAGAUACUCAUCAAGAUCAUAUUUAAUCUUGCAUUCAUUUGUAAGAUCUCAUUGAGAACAUCGAGAGUAGAUUUAAUCUAUCUGUAGUAAGUAAUGAAUUUAACUUUUAGCUGAAUAAACUUAAGUUUCUAAAAGAAGAUUACUAGCAAAGAAUGAAUAAGCAAAAACAAAAAAUUACAUAAUUGAUUGAUAAAUCCCUAAAAGAAUUCAAUAAAUCAAUAGAUUGUAAAAUUUAAAACAUAAAAUAAAGCUAUCAUUCACACAUUUAAUUUAUGUAGAAGUUCAGAAAUUUUGGAAUGAACAAGUAAAAAGAAAACAUUUUUAUCCUUGAAUAGGCUAAAAAUCAAUUUAAAAUUUCCAAGAAAAAUGAAAAAAAUAAUAGCUAAAUGUUAAAUAGCUUAGAUCGUAGGUAAAACUCCUUAGAAAUUGUGCAUCAGGAUCUCAUUAAUAAAGAGUUCUAGUAAUCUCAAUAAUAUUAUUAAUAGAUAGCAGAUGAUGUAAUUCAAUAUAUGAAUAAUUUUGAAACAUUAUGGAGAAAUCAAACUAAAAAUUCUGCCUUUAUUUAAGAGAUUAGCUCACCCUUAACAAAUAGCAGAACUUAAAUAAACAACACUUGUUUAUAGAAAAUACAUUAAGAUAUUGAAAAUGGUAUUUUAAAAAAAGAAAACCCAUAUCAACAAUUUUUAUAAAGUAGUUCUAAACAAAAUUAAUAAAAUAUUCAUAAUUAAAUUUACGAUGAUGAAAAAAGAUAAAUUGAUUAAACUUUUAAAAAUAAUUAUAUCAACAGAGAUUACGAACAAAAAUUUGAAAACAAUGAUUAAGUUGUCCAAAUUAAUGCAACCAGAUGUGAGCAGUCACCUAAAAUUUUAAAGGAAGUUUAAGCACCAUUAUUUGGCAAUUUUUAGCAAAGCAUUAUAUUUAACUAAAAUUAAAUCAAUGACGAUUUAUAGCAAAUAGGUUCUUAAAGAUUAUAUAAUGAUAAAUAGAAUUGCUUUUAAAACUCAUCAUUAAUGAACACUAAACCUCAGUAAAAUUAUGGCCUUGAGAAUUCGUAAGCUAUAAAAUAAUAUACAUUUAGCGAUGAAUAAAAAUUCAAUAGAGCUUCUUCUGAAAAUUUAGCUGGAAAAAAAUCAAUAAAUUCUCAAUCAACAAAUACUCAUAAAAGUAGCAAUAGAUACUAAAGUAAAGAAUAGAAAUCUUAAGAUUAAUAACAAUAAUCAUAAUUAGAUUCAAAAUAAGCAUAAGUUUGA